AUGAGUAAGGCUUUGCGUCAAAUCUCAAAAUCAUUGUUUACACGGAGGAUAGAGAAGGCAAAGCUUCCUCGGUGGUUCACGCAGCCAAUGUUUACCAUGUAUAAUGGUAGGACGGAUCCGGUGGAGUAUGUCAGUCAUUUUAACCAGAGAAUGAUUGUUCAGUCGAGGAAUGAGGCCUUGAUAUGCAAAGUAUUCCCAUCUAGUUUGGGGCCUGUGGCAAUGAGAUGGUUUGAUGGACUGGAGGAAGGCUCCAUAAACUCCUUUCAAGAGCUUAGUAGGGCCUUUGGUGCUCGAUUUAUUACAUGCAGCAGAGUCCCUCGUCCUUUGGAUUCCUUGUUGUCCAUGACAAUGAGAGAAGGGAAGACUUUAAAGACUUACUCUGAUAGAUAUUGGGAAAUGUUUAAUGAGAUGGAUGGAGACUUUGAGGAUGUGGCUAUAAGGACCUUUAAGGUCGGCAGUCCUGCUGAGCACAAAUUAAGGAAGUUCUUGACGAAGAAACCAACGCAAAGAAUGCGUUAG